CGAACUCAUACCAUAGUUACCAAGAAUUCCGCUUACAUUUGAGUUUUCUUUAAAACAAGAUGAAGCUAUUGUCUGCAAUUCUUCUAGCAAAUGCAUGUUACUAUUCUGUUAACCCUUCCCAAAUCGAUCGAGAAGAUACAAGAGAAAUGAAAUCCGAUGCCACAAUGCCUGAUGGAGUGAUCAUCAAGUGGAAGAUUUGCAUCGUAAAGUCAACCAGCAGAGAAAUGGCUACUAAAAGUGAUACAAGUAAUACUAUAGGUACACCUAAGACUUCUACUUUCGCACCCCCACCAAAACCACAUUCUGCACCUCCACUACCGAAAGAACAAUCGGAUGGUACAAUACCUGAUGGACUGAUCAUUAAGUGGAAGAUCAGCAUUAGAAAGUCAACCCUUGAAACUACUCCAACGACAGAAGAACCAUCUCCUUCAACUACAACACCAUUAGAAGAACUGAAAAGACCCACGAAAGAAGAUAAGCAAAUAUUGAAAGAACAAGAAAAUAUCGUCAAGCUGCAUGCAAUGGCCACAAAUAGAUUGCAGAAUAUUCUCAACCGUUUCGAGAAUAAAUGCGGUUCAAACAUGGAACUUUGCUGGUGGAUUAGUAAGGUACGCUACGCCAGUAGAUUGGGAAGCAACCAACUGAAUGAAAAGAGUCAAAUAGAGCUCAUGUUUCACAUCUACAAUCGCCGGCGUCAGAAAUUGGAGUACGAUAUCGAAUAUCGCAUAGACCACGUCAAUGGCCUUCUAUUCGGAGAGUACAGGGAUAGCAGUUGCUUUAAUUUCUACCGAAUGCAGCAGAGAACUCUUCAGGAAUCCCUUAAUCUCACGAAUGCUCACAAAGCGGAAAGGCUGACGGAAAACUCUAAAAUAUGUCCUUACCCUGACUAUGAUUAUUAUAAUGAGAAUUUUAACGUAUCCAAUUAUACCGAUACCGCUGAGGAUGAUGAUUACGCAUAUUCGGACUGAAGCGUAAAGGAAUAACAUCAAACAAUAAUAGCCUCUAAAAUCGUUUGGUUACGCCUUAAGAAAAUCUAUAAGCUAAGAUUUAAAUAUUCCACUUAUAUGUAAGUUUUCCUUAGAGCAAGAUGAAACUUUUGUUGACAAUUCUCUUGGCAAAUGCAAGUUAUUAUUUUGUGGACGCUGUGUUGUCCAAACCCCACAUAAGUCGACAAUACAACAAGGAUCUACUACCCAAUAAUGGUCCCAUUUCGGAUGAGCCCAUUAUCGAGGCUCUACGACAGAGAAUCUACCAAAAGAUCGAAACGGUCAAGUGGAAGGGUCACCUAAAGUCCUGGGUAGAUGUCGGGGUUCAUCUGCUAAAUGGCCCCAUCUCGAGAAUUAAAGAGGCGGUCAAUUCCAUGGGAUACCAUCCCACAUAUGAGCAGUUAAAGGCCAACGGGCGACAGUUUCUAUGGGAGAAGACACAUCGGGCCAUAGAUGUAGUGUGGGGAAAGCUUUCCUGGCUUUUGGGUGUCAUACAUGCCAAGAUAUUGACUACCCUCGAGCAAAAAAAGAAACAAAACGCUGAACAGAUGGAAGUACUUGAGGAACCGCAAAAAUUAGAUGUAUAUAAGGACUAUGAAGAGUACAUGAGGGAAUCCCGAAAGUAAUGUGGAAUUUCUUUACUCUCAGAAUAUGUAUAUGUAUCUGGUAUAUCUGCUACAUAAACUUUAAUAAAAGGAAAAAUAUUUACUAUUUUCAGGCAA